AUGCACAACCACAGAACCACACUCUCCCCCUGGAGCCGCCACACACACGGGCAAGAUGACCACCUGGAAAACUACACUUACUCCUACAAAAGACAUUUCCACAGUGUCUCUCAUGACAGAGAUUACUUCUCCUCCCUCAACUACAUCCUUAAUCACGCCCAGGAACGCAGUCAGUUCUCCAGCAUCAGCCUCUUCUAUUCCACUGAACACCAAUACCUUGACAUCAGCCACGAGUAUGCGUCUGUUUUCUCCACCUGCUCCAUCCACAGAUUCAGUCUCCAGCUGGACCACAACCGUUACCCCGAUAUCCACCUUGAUUACUACCCUCCCUACAACCCAUGUCACGUCCACCCCUAUAUCUCCCACUACACAGUGGCAACACCCACCUACAUCAUCCCAUCUCUCCCCACUGUCCAGAAUACAAGACAUAUCAUCCAGUGUCAUCACAACCUCUACCACAAUGCCUGCUACGGCAACCAUGCCCACAAGCUCCUCUCCCGUGUCUACCAGCAGUACCGGGACCACACAGACAGAGAGUACCACCUCAUAUGCAACAGGCACAGUCUGAGUACAUCUACAAAUGCAAUAACUACUUCUUUUGGUACUAUUAUCUCUUCUUCAAUAUCCGCAACAAUAACGUCCUCUUCUCUAUCCUCCACCAGUGUAACUUCAAUGCUCACCACCACCACUACCUCUCUUUCUACACCCUCACCUCUCUCUAGAAUGGAAAAUACAGGCUCUUCUGCUACUGCUUUCACUACUCCUUUUUCAUCUGAAACUAUAAGAACGUCUCCAGUCACAUCUUCUCUAAAGACCUUUGCUACUGAAACAACCACCACCUGUUUCAUUUCUUCUACCACCCCAUGUCCAGAAUCUGUAUCAGUUACAAUAGCACCUGCCUCUCCCACUACUUCAUGUAUGGAAAUGGGUCCAAGUAGUGAAGUUACUUCUGUGGCCACCAUCCCAAUGUCAGUGUUUACUUCUACUACUGAGAUGGCCACCUCUCCUGGUUCCACCAGUAUGACAACUGUGUUUCCUAUGCGUACGGACGCUUCUGCUGUUCGGGAAACUCAUCCUACCAACAGCAUAACAGAUGCUCCUAGUUCUAGUUCUGUCAGCACUGGGACUGUCCCCAGUUACACAGUUUUGACAAGUGCUCCAAGACCCACCAGUGGAAACUGGAUGAACACCAAUUCUAUAACCAUCCCACAUAUGCCUGGAUUCACUAGCCUCCCACUGACGACGAAACCAAGCAAUAGCUUUCCAACUGCCAUGGUGACUUCAAUCAAGUCGACUCACUCCACCCCAACCACUACCAAGACUCCAGAAACACCGGCGAUUACCCCUCAGAGUACUACCACCCUUAAGUCACCCAGGACCACUUCGACCACUACUCAGAUGACCACACAGUCUAGGUUGACCACCACGCCAGGCACCUGUGACAAUGGUGGCACCUGGAUGCAGGGCCUCUGCCACUGCCCCUUGGGGUUCUCUGGGGACCACUGUGAGCUCCAGGAGAUCAGGUGCCAGAAUGGGGGUAAAUGGGAUGGCCUCACGUGCCACUGCCUUCGUACCUUCUAUGGCUCCCGUUGCGAGUUUGUGGUGGGACAGGUGGAUCUGGACACUGUGGAUGCCGAAGUGGGCAUGGAGGUGUCUGUUGACCAGGCGUUCUCCCCGGACCUCAAUGACUGCACUUCCACGGCCUACAAAGAUUUCAGUGACACCUUCCGGGAUCAGAUGCAGAAGAUUUACCAAAAUGUGCAGGGGUUCAAGGAUGUGGAGAUCCUGUCAUUGAGGAGUGGCAGCAUUGUGGUGGACUAUCUAGUCCUGCUGGAGUUGCCCUUUAGCCCCCAUCUGGAGAGCGAGUAUGAGAAGAUGAAGUCAGUCCUGAAGGAGGAGCUCCAGAAUGUCAGCCAUAAUGGGGACAACUGCCAGAAUAACCAGACCCUGUGUUUUAAGCCUGACUCCAUCAAGGUGAACAAUAACACCAGGAAGGAGCUGACUCUGGAAGCCAUCUGUCGCCGCGCCACUGCCAAAGGCUAUGAGGAUUUCUACUUCCCCUUGGUGGAGGAGAACCGGCUCCGCUGUGUCACCAAAUGCACUUUGGGCGUGGACGGCGCCAUCGACUGUCACCAGGGCCAGUGCCUUGUGGAGAGGAGCGGUCCUGCUUGCCGCUGCUUCUCCACGGACACGCACUGGUUCUCGGGCCCGCGCUGCCAGGUGGCCGUCGCCUGGAGGGCGCUGAUCAGGGGCCUGGCGGGGGUCUGGGCUCUGCUGCUGCUGGGGCUGCUGGCGUCCCUGAGCCUCUUCGUCGCGCGCUCCCGCUCCCAGCGAGGUGGCCAAGGUGGAGGCCGGUCCUGGGAUGACGACAGGAAAUGGUUCGAGAUCUGGGAUGAGGACACUGUGGGGACUUUUUCAAACUUGGGCUUGGAGGACGACCAAACAGUCAAGGAAGAACACUUCCAGGUGGCCUUGGAGACUGUGGACACCAAUGUGAGGGUGCAUAUCCAGAGACCUGAGGUUGGCCUCAUCCUUGCUGUGAGCCCGGCACCUCCCCCUCUACCCUGCCCCAGACAGUGAGAAGAAACCAUCUGAACCACAUCCAUUCCAAGGGAUGGCCCAAGGACUUGGGCAACUCUGUCUCCUGGUUUCCUUGAGCAAACUCAGACCAUCUCCCUGACCCUCAUCCUUCUCCUGACUUGGGUGAAGCUCACCUGGAGACCCAGUUCAAAUCCAGGCUCUUGCACUGUGGGGCCUUGGCCAAGUCAGUCACUUCUCUGAACCCUGUUAAGAUGAGUAGGGCAUCCUUGUCCUGAUACCCCAUGCGGUUACUGUGAAAACCAGACGCGCUCUGUCAGAUCUCUGUCCCAAUGCACCUUCCUGUGUCUGCCCUCGUGCUUAUGUGGUCUCUCGCAGAUCCCCAUCCCCACAUCCUUUGGGGGUCUCGGACCUCAGUCUCUAUUCUCCUGUGAGCAUCCCUAUACCAGUUCCCCACCUGCACCUGUAAACAUCCUCCUACCUGCUCCUUAUGUAACUCCUUGCUGCACCCCUGGUUCCCACCCUUAGAUCUCCCCCUAGGAACCCACUUCUUAAAUCGCUCCCAGCCCAGCGCCCAGCCCCAAGUCUCCCCCAGUUUGUCGCCUCCCCCACCCUUAUAAUCUCACCCUAAAUCCUUAGCACCCCCCAUCCCAGGGCCCCAGUCUUAAAUCCUCCCUCCUCCCUCCACACCCCAUUCCCAGCCAGGUAUGGAUGUCCUCUGCCUCUCAGGCCCCCCAGCUGGUGCUUCUCAGGCCCUGGUCCCCCAUUCUGAGGCUCCAUUCCUUCUUCUCGAUUCCAAAGGCCCAGGAUCCCGGUUUUCUGGGGCCUCAAGGAAGAGCAGAAGCAGGGCCCUGAGGUGGAGAAGCUCCCUCAGCCCUUUGUCUUCAUUGCCCUCUCUCCCCCAUCCCCUACUACCUCACCCUCCCAACACUUCCCCACCGGGCCCCUUUCCUCUCUGGCCUCACCCCCAUCCCCGCAGUAACCUCAGAGGCCAGAAGUCCCCAGGCUUCUUUGCAGGAACAUCUCCUUUGGGGAAGAAAGUCUGCCAGCUUCCAUUGUCCCAUGAGCACAAUAUAGCAUUUAUUGU